UUAAUCUGGAUUACUAAUAACUAAGAUACUUAAGUUUCUAAUUCCACUAGAGAUUCUCUUAGUAUUUGGAAUCAACAAUGACUAUAUAUGGGGAAGAAAAUAAACAGAAACUCUUUCCAAAUUAUAUCUUGCAGGCAUGGAUUCUUCUGCUGCUGCUGCUUUUUUCGUCCUCUGUUUACUCACCAGUUCUCUCUCUUCUUCCCAUGCAAAUCUCCACAGAACAAAUCCCUUAUUCAGUUCAUCACAAUUGGAAAAUAAUACUAGUCCCGCAAUUACAACUACUUUCCAAGUAACAAAACCCAUAAAACUACCCGCUAAGGCAAUUCCGUGCGCUUCUCUACAGGUUCUUAAACAUGACUUUGGUUUUACUUUUACGAAACCACCAGUCUCUGUCAAUUACACACCACCAUCAAAUUGCCUAUCAAAGGGUUUCUCUAAAAUUGUACUUGAAUGGAAAUCAACUGUUAAAGGAAUACAAUUUGAUAGAAUCUUCGGUGUUUGGUUAAGUGGUGUUGAAAUAUUUAGAAGUUGUACUGCUGAACCAACAGCAUCAGGUAUUAUUUGGACUGUUCAGAAAGAUAUUACAAGGUAUACUUCACUUCUUAUGAAGCCGCAAACUUUAGCUGUUUAUCUUGGUAAUCUUGUUAAUUCUAAUUAUACUGGUGUUUACCAUGUCAAUUUAACAUUUCAUUUCUACCAUCUUGAUCAAGAAUCACCACCAACUGUUGACAAUCCAGCUGAUUUGAUCAUACCCAUUUCAAGAAACCUUCCUUUGAAUGAUGGGUUAUGGUUUGUGGUUGGGAGUUCCACGGAUAUUCAGUCAAAAAAAUUCACAAUACCACAGAAUUCUUAUAGAGCGGUGCUUGAAGUGUAUGUGUCAUUUCAUUCUAGUGAUGAGUUUUGGUAUCAGAAUCCUCCAAAUGAGUAUAUAAAGGAACAUAAUUUUACUGAUACACCUGGGAAUGGACCUUUUAGAGAAGUUUUUGUUAGACUAGAUGGUGAUGAAGUUGGUGCUGUUUGGCCUUUUACUGUGGUGUUCACUGGUGGGUUUAGUCCCCUCCUCUGGAUACCCAUUACUGCCGUUGGGUCAUUCGAUCUCCCUUCUUAUGAUAUCGAAAUUACGCCUUUUUUAGGGAAGAUUUUGGAUGGGAAACAGCAUGAGUUUGGGUUUGGUGUUACAAAUGCUUUGAAUGACUGGUACAUCGAUGCGAAUUUACAUAUUUGGUUGGAUAAUGCAAGUGUCGGCACAACAUCGGGAGAGUUGAUUAGAAAUGAAAAUUCACCUACUAAAAUCUCUUUGGUUUCAGAGAAAAAGGAUUCUUAUAUUACUAGUGCGAGAAGGUUGAUUUCAUCGUCAGGUUGGGUUAAAUCCUCUCAUGGGAAUAUCACAACUAAUUCAUUUCAGGAAUUCAGCUUCACCAACAUAAUGACAUUAAGGGGAAGUUCACAAGUAGUGAAUCAGACAAUCGAUGCAAGUAGCCGUGUCGACACUAUAGUAGUUCCACCUUCAUCGUCUUCUUAUAUAAACACGAUUGAAAGAUAUCAAAACUUUCCAUUUUACCUUCAUGAUGGCUACGACAACUACACAUUACUGUACAUCUCCUUGGGUUUUAAUGAGAAGCGUUCAGUGGGUUCAAGUUUGUCUCCUCGGGUUUCAUCCAUGGUUCUAAACAAUUCACAACAAGGACAGCUUGCCGUGAAUGCUAAUGGGAACUGGGUAGGAAGUACUCAACAAGUAUACCUCCUUGAUGGUUCUGAAGGAUGUUAUUUUUGGAAUGUGAGUAGUUCAAACUUCCUUAUUCUUUACAAUAUAUCAGGCGACUCCUGCCAGCAAAAAUGACAGUCUAACGGAGGCUUUAGAAACGCAAAAAAUAGUUCCUGUUUAACGGAGGCUUUAGUACCGUCCACUUGGAUGAGUACGUCGCUUCUAAGAGAUGGAUCAAUGUUUCUACAUUACAUGAGUUGUGUGCACUAAGCAUGUAAGUCUUUGUCAGUUUUGUUUGUUAUGUUGGAAUUUUAUAACAAUUUAACUUGGAAUUUCAAAAAAAAAAAUCAUCCUCAAAAAAAAGUUAAGAUUGGAAAA